UCUUCUUUCUUCUUCUUUCAUUUGGUACAAAAAAAUCUGAACUUUUUAGGGUUUUUUCUUUUUUUGUUUUUUUAUAAAUUCUCUGUAAUAGGAAGAGGGAGAGACGAAGUGAUGGAUUUGACGGCUGAGAACGGAGGUUUAGCUCCAGGUUUUAGGUUUCAUCCGACUGAUGAGGAGCUUGUUGUGUAUUAUCUCAAGAGAAAGAUCCGCCGGAAAAAACUCAGAGUCGAAGCAAUCGGAGAGACUGAUGUCUACAAGUUUGAUCCUGAGGAAUUGCCUGAGAGAGCGUUAUAUAAGACUAGGGAUCGUCAAUGGUUCUUUUUCAGUUUGAGGGAUAGGAAACAUGGGAGUAGGUCAAGUAGAGCUACUGAACGUGGCUAUUGGAAAGCAACAGGGAAAGAUAGGGUCAUCAAGUGUGAUUCUCGACCGGUUGGAGAGAAGAAGACGCUUGUUUUCCAUAGAGGCAGGGCACCUAAUGGUGAGAGGACUAAUUGGGUCAUGCACGAGUACACAUUGCACGAAGAGGAACUCAAGAGGUGCGGUGGCGGAGAUGUUAAGGAUGCUUAUGUUCUUUACAAGAUUUAUAAGAAAAGUGGGUCUGGUCCUAAGAAUGGUGAGCAAUAUGGAGCUCCUUUUAUUGAAGAAGAAUGGGUUGAAGAGGGUGAUGAUGUUGAUGAGCCUGUAGAUGUUCCUGGAAAUCAGCUUAUUGUUUCAGCUGGUGUUGAUAAUAAUAACUUAUGGGCCAAGGGGAUUAGCCAAUCUGAGUUGGAUGAUAAUGAUAUUGAAGAGCUGAUGAGACAGGUUAGCGAUCAGCCUGGUCCAACCAUGCAGCUGAAUGGGGUUUCCGGACUGGACUCUCAUGUGAAUUUCGAAGAAGAUAUGUAUUUGGAAAUCGAUGAUCUUUUGCUACCUGAACCUGAACCAACUUCUCUGGAAGCCACGAAGAAGAACUCCGGUGUCCUGAAUGAUAAUGAUUUCGUUGAUGCUGAUUCAUAUUUCCGUGAUUUGGGUGCGACAAAUCUUCAGUCAGGUCCUGUCAGUGGUCAUUUCGGAAACGGGGUUGAACAAUGUAAUACUUCUCUGGUGACUGACCAGACUAAUACUUACCAGUUCCAGCAGCAAACAAGGAAGAAACAAGCUAGCAACUGGCCACUCCAUAACAGCUAUACCAGACAGAUAAACAAUGGAUCAUCCUUGAUGCAGGAGCUAAACAAUGACAGACUCACCGCUGUCCGGUUUAUUGAGGCGCCUGGUACAGGUGUUCCAUCUGAAUUCAUAAACCCUCUUCCUUCUAGUACAAGUAUAACUAAGGAAGAUGAAGCAACAAAAGGCGAGUCAAGUCAGUUUGCUUCUAGUCUAUGGACUUUCCUGGAAUCGGUUCCUGCAAAGCCAGCAUAUGCUUCAGAGAAUGCAUUUGUUAAAGUGAACCUUGUCAGAAUGUCAAGCAGUGGUGGUCUUUUCAGGUUUGCUUCUAAAAGCACAGGUAAAAAUAAUAAUGUUGUUGUCACAGCUAGUGAUUCAGCUGUGAAGAGGAAGAAGUCUGGAGGAAACAAUGACAAGAAGAAUAAGAACAAGGGGUUCUUCUGCUUAUCAAUCAUUGGGGCACUAUGUGCUUUAUUUUGGGUGAUCAUAGGAACAAUGGGAGUUUCAGGGAGGUCUUUGUUGUGGUGAGAACCCAAAAUUCCAAGAGGUUUGAAGGUCAAGGGAAAGAAAGGCUCGGUUAUUUGUGUGAGAGUGAGACAUUACCGAGUCAAGUCAUUGUAAUUAUUCUCUUAAGACUGUUAGAUUCAUCAUAAGCCUGCUGUUUUAGUAUCAGUUUUUAUCUCGUAUUGUUAAAAAGUAACUUUAAUGGUUAA